CAACCAUUGGCUCCUUCUUGAACCUAUACGACAACCACUGGCUCCUUCGUAAACCUUUACAACCACUGGCUUCUGCUUGGACCUUCAAUACAACCACCAGCUCCUGCAACUACUAACGUCUUGGAACUUGUACUACCACCCCAAUGUCAACGGUGACCAUGUCCAGCGCAGGAUCCUCUAGCUCUUCAAGCUAUACUAGUCCCCCUACUCCGGCUAGGUCUCUUAACCUUCGAUUUGCCAGGCUCGCGGGAUGGAGCGGUCCACCCCGUCUCAAACUUGGUCGCGCGAGGGAAUUGUGGGCUAAAGCGGGUCUUAGGAGAGAACAGCAGGGUCACCGAAGAGUUGUGAAGUCUCAGAGUGAGAACGAGAAUGACCGGACUAAGGAUAAGGAUAAGGAUGAGGAUAAGAGUAGAGAUGAGGGAGUGAAAGGAAAUGAGCAGUCGAACGAAGAGGAGCGCGAGUUGAGCCAGCCAUCUGGUGUUGAAGAGCCACAGAUUGCCUGCGGAGUUGACAAAGAUACUGCAGAGGCUGGACCAUCGCAGCCCGCUGCGGUCAAUGAGUCGAAGGAACCCGAGGCACCCAACGCGGAGAACGACUCGAACUCGGUUUUCGGUGGAUCUGAGGCGCAAAAGAUUGACUCGGAGCACUCGAAGGCGUCUGUUACUGAGCCAAACCAAGCGACAGAUCUUGACGCUGGAACUUCUGAGAAAGCCGUCGCAGCCAAUGCACAGGUAUCCCACUCAGACAACGCGGGGCCCAACUUCAAGUCCAAUGGGAAGAAGAAGAACUUGGAGAAGGAGAAGGAAACUGUCCCGAUUACUCGUCGAUCGGCCCGGUUGGCGAAUAAAGUCGAAGCUCAGAACGAGGAUUCGUCCAUUCAGGCUCCCGUUCCGACCACUGCUACCAGCCCCGAUACCAGCGAGCAGCGUACCACCACCGUCGCCGCUACCACCAUCGCCGAGGCCACCAAUAAGGACGUCAUCGACGACACGAAGCCAGCUCCCCGUCGCUCCUCGCGAAACAAGAAGGUUCCUUCCCAAGCUGCUCCUGGGCCCUCGACCGAAGACGUGGUAGAAGCAGUCUCCGCUGUGGUUAGUACUAUCAAAGCCGCACCCGCGAUGGCUCCCAAGCCCAAACAGACCAGAGGUCAGAAGAGGAAGCGCGCUGCGGGCUCGGAGGAGGAGGAGGAGGAGCGUCGUAAAGACGAUGAUUCCGGAAAGAGCGGCGGAAAUGCCAAGUCGAAGUCCAAGGAUGGUGCUACUGCGAAGGGCGCUGGUACUAGGAAGGCGAAGAAGAGGGCUAGAAAGUCGGAUAAGGAUACCUUGGAUGAGUCUACCGCUCAGGCUGGAGAGAAAGAGAAUACAACUGAGAGUUCUGGUGUGCCUCCCAAUGGAGGUCAGGACGAAGAUAGGAAGGAUGACGACAAGGAAAAGCUUACCAUUCGCAUUCCAGCGAGAGGUGUGAAGAAGGGUCGAGGCUCGAAGAAGACCAGAGUCUGA